AGACGGAACAACAGAAUUGGGUCAGGAUGGCAGAGGUGAAGGUGAAGAAGGAGACGAACCUUUCGGAACCGGCGGAGAUAGAGAACAGGAUCAAGGAGCUGUGUCAGCAGUUUCCCCAGGGAAUCACGGACCAGGUGAUCCAGAACGACCUGCCUCACCUGGAGCCCCAGCAGCGCGCCAUGGCGCUCAACAAGCUGCUGUCCCUGGGUCAGCUGGACCUGCUGAGGAACAGUUCGGGUCUGCUGUACCGGCUGAAGGACACGCAGAGCGCCAGUAAGAUGAAAGGUUCUGACAACCAGGAGAAGCUGGUCUACCAGAUCAUCGAGGACGCAGGAAACAAAGGAAUCUGGAGCAGAGACAUUCGCUUCAAGAGCAACCUUCCUCUGACGGAGAUCAACAAGAUCCUGAAGAACCUGGAGAGCAAGAAGCUCAUCAAGGCUGUCAAGUCUGUGGCGGCGUCCAAGAAGAAGGUGUACAUGCUGUACAACCUGCAGCCAGAUCGUACGGUGACGGGCGGCGCCUGGUACAGUGACCAGGACUUCGAGUCCGAGUUCGUGGAGGUUCUGAACCAGCAGUGCUUCAAGUUCCUGCAGAGCAAGGCGGAAGCAGCAAGGGACGGGAAGCAGAGCCCGAUGGUCCAGAGGAACAGCUCGUUCGCCACGUCGCAUGAGGUGUGGAAGUACAUCUGUGAGCUGGGAAUCAGCAAGGUGGACCUGUCCAUGGACGACAUCGAGACCAUCCUGAACACACUGAUCUACGAUGGGAAGGUGGAGAUGACUGUGAUCGCUGCCAAGGAGGGGACGGUGGGCAGCGUGGACGGCCAGAUGAAGCUGUACCGCGGCGUCAACGCCAUCCUGCAGCCCACCGGCCUCGUCAAGACGCCCUGCGGACUCUGCCCGGUGUUCCACGACUGCCACGAAGGAGGAGAGAUCUCCCCAUCCAGCUGCAUCUACAUGAGCGAGUGGCUGGACUUCUGAUGGGGCGGGGCCAGAGGAGCCUUAUGGGCGGAGUCGGUGUGCGAAGCGGGCGGGGCCGUGGACAUGUGAAGACGGCUGGGUGGAGGGAUGAAUGAUGCAAACUGAAAACCCAAAUGCUAAGAAACAAACGCAACAGAAAAAAUGAAAACACAAAAUGCUACAGCAACAGGAAAUGGAAGGAAAAACAACAGGAAGUAUGAAAAGCUGUAAACUCACUCCCCCAACAGAAGUCCUCCCACCACUAGGGGGAGACUGCAGUUGGUUACAUCACCUACAUACAGACGCUGCAGCUGGGACAACCCAGUUCUGGUGCCUUUGGGGAAAACCCAGAGUCGGAGCAUCUUCAGCCCGACCCAUGGAUCGAUGUUUGUCCCAUCAGGCCCGGUUCUGCUCCAUCAGGCUCUAAUGGACUUGGUGCUGACGAUCAGCACGGAUCAUCUUACACCACUUCCUGUCUCCGUAUCGACCUGACAGGAAGCGGCUCGGCAGCCGCAGCUCCAACUGCUGGGACAAAAACAAACGCAGAGAACUUCUACGGUUCUGGAUCCAGGCCUGAUGGUUCUGUUGGGUCCAAGGGGAAUCCCACAGAACCUCAGGAACAGACUGGAACCAGAACUCUAGUUUCUGUGCUGCUGGUUUAGCUUGUGAAUAAAUUCAGUGAAGCCCGCAGAGUUCUGGUCGGGUUCUGGCAGCUGCUGGGCUUCAUUCGGUUUAGAUGACUCGGGUUGCCGAGUCUGGUUUGAUUGGACCUGAUGGUUCUGGUGGGAAAACAUUAAAAACACAUUAAAACAUU